UCCAUGAAAUGAGUAUAUUUUUAACGGUUACUAAUCUUUCAUUAGGCGACAAAUUAGAACACUUUCCUUUCCAAUAGGUCUCAAAAGUUUGCUUCUUACUCGAUACGCAAAUCUCAGUCGGAGAAAAAAUGUUCCACCAAUUCGGAGCGACGGCGGAAUCACUGAGCAAAGCUUCAACGGCGGUGUUCCGAAUCGGUACCGACGCCGCCCUCUACGACGAUCCCGAAGACGUUAACAUCGCUCCUCUUCUCGAUAGCAGAUUCGAUUCCGAGAAAUGCGAAGCUCUCAAACGGUUACUCGCUCUCAUCGCUCAAGGAUUCGAUGUUUCCAAUUUCUUCCCUCAGGUUGUGAAAAACGUUGCGUCGCAGUCAUUGGAAGUGAAGAAGCUGGUUUACUUGUACCUUCUACAUUAUGCUGAAAAGCGUCCAAAUGAAGCAUUGCUGUCGAUCAAUUGUUUCCAGAAGGACCUGGGGGACACUAACCCAUUGGUUAGGGCAUGGGCACUCCGAGCCAUGGCGGGAAUCCGCCUUCAUGCAAUUGCACCUCUUGUCCUUGUUGCUGUGGGAAAAUGUGCUAGAGAUCCGUCUGUCUAUGUCAGAAAAUGUGCUGCUAAUGCUCUUCCUAAGCUUCACGAUUUACGGAUGGAUGAACAUGCAACUGCAAUUGAAGAGAUGGUUGGAUUAUUGUUAAACGAUCAUUCCCCAGGGGUUGUUGGAGCAGCUGCUUCUGCAUUCACUUCUGUUUGCCCAAACAAUUUUUCACUUAUUGGAAGAAAUUACAGAAAGUUGUGUGAGAUUCUCCCCGAUGUGGAAGAGUGGGGUCAAAUAAUGCUAAUUGGGAUUCUUUUACGGUAUGUGAUAGCGAGGCAUGGGCUUGUCAAAGAAUCCAUCAUGUUUUCUUCGUAUAAUAAAGAUCAUGGCAAUUUAGAUGAAGAUGAGCAUGAUGUUACCUUAAAAAAAGAUGCUGGGUAUGCCACUGAGAAGACUGUGUCGGAAUUAACACAUAUGAUCUUUCAGUGUUACAUUGAAGGGCCAGAUGAGUACUUAUCACGAUCAAGUUCUACUAUUAAGAUUGCUCCUAAAUUGGAUGAAUCGCUAUAUACAUCUUGCAGCAAUGAAGUUGUGAGGAUCCUACUGCAGUGUACAUCACCAUUGUUAUGGUCUCAUAACAGUGCAGUUGUACUUGCAGCUGCAGGUGUACACUGGAUAAUGGCGCCUAAGGAGGACGUUAAAAGAAUUGUUAAACCACUCUUGUUUGUUCUUCGAUCAUCGCCUGCCUCAAGAUACGUGGUGCUGUGCAAUAUCCAAGUGUUUGCUAAAGCUAUGCCCUCUCUAUUUGCUCCACAUUACGAAGACUUAUUCAUUUAUUCUGUAGAUUCCUAUCAAAUAAAAGCGCUUAAGCUGGAUAUACUUUCUAUUAUAGCUUCGGAUUCCUCGAUUUCAUUCAUUCUUAAAGAAUUUCAGGAUUAUAUAAGAGAUCCAGACAGGAGAUUUGCUGCCGACACAGUUGCUGCCAUUGGUCUAUGUGCCCAGAGACUUCCAAAAAUGGCAACUGCAUGCCUGGAAGGACUGUUGGCUCUGAUUAGGCAAGAAUUUUUGUGUGGUGAAAUCAGAUCACUGGAUGGAGAAGAGGGCGUACUAAUUCAGGCAAUUAUGUCCAUCAUAUCAAUUAUAAAGUUAGAACCGCCCAGUUAUGAGAAGGUUAUAAUUCAGUUGGUACGUAGUUUGGAUACAAUCAAGGUCCCUGCUGCCCGUGCAAUGAUUGUCUGGUUGUUGGGGGAGUAUUGUUCUUUGGGUGAGAUGAUUCCAAGGAUGUUGAGUACAGUACUUAAGUAUCUUGCUUGGUGUUUUACUUCAGAAGGAUUAGAAACUAAGCUUCAGAUUCUUAACACAAUCACAAAGGUCUCACUGUGCAUCAAGGGAGAAGAUAGUUGGACCUUGAGAAAAAUUUGGACGUAUGUAAUUGAACUGGCUGAGCGUGACCUGAACUAUGAUAUUCGUGAUCGUUCGCGUUUCUUGAAGAAACUUCUCUCAAGCAAUUUAGAGUCUCAAAAUGUGGAAGAGGAAAAUAGUGAAUCACGGAAGGACCAAUCUAGUGUACUUGCAGAAUGCAUAUUUGGUGGACAGACAAAAACUGUGACAGUUCCAUCUGAACCUAUCAAUGACAGGUUUUAUCUCCCUGGAUCUCUUUCACAGUUGGUAUUUCAUGCAGCUCCAGGAUAUGAGCCUCUCCCAAAACCCUGUAGCCUUCCAUACAUUGAUCAGUAUGAUGGAGCUGUUAACAGUGAUUCAGAGGAGGUGGAUGAUCCUGGUUCAUCUGGGUCUUCUGAUGAUGAAAAUGCUUCUGAUUAUAGCUCUGAACAGUCAAUAUCUGGUUCCAGCGAAGGCAGUGGCAGCAAUGAGACUGUAUCUGGCGAUGAAGGUGACAACAAUGAUGAUCCAUUGAUUCAGAUUUCAGAAACUAGCAAUGUUAAUGAAAACCAGAAUGGUGGGGAUCACUCUGGCUCUUCUGGUUUUAAUGACUUGAUGUCAACGAAGUCUCUCGAGUCUUGGUUGGAUGAGCCAUCCAAGUCAUCUAAAGGAAGUGAAACUGAACAAAGCCAAGUUCGAAAAUCUUCGGCAAGAAUAACCAUUGGAGAUAUUGGAAGCCGUGUUAAACCCAAAUGUUACACUCUCUUGGAUCCUGCAAAUGGAAAGGGUUUAAUGGUGAAUUACUCCUUUUCAUCUGAAACUUCAAGCAUAUCCUCCCAUCUUGUAUGUUUAGAAGUAUUAUUUGAAAAUUGUUCUUUGGAGCCGAUGUUCGAUAUAGUCUUACUAGACGAGGAUUCUAGCAAAAGUGCAGAUUCUACCGAUCAAAUAUCACAAGCAGCAGAAAAUACCUUGAAAUCUCAUGUUGAUAAACCAGCGCUAGUUUCCAUGGAGGCAAUCUCUUCUCUGGAGCCUAGUCAGAAAGCGAAACGGACUCUACUAGUUCGCUUCCAUCACCACCUUUUGCCUCUAAAAUUGGCUUUAUUUUGCAACGACAACAAAUUCCCUGUCAAAUUAAGGCCUGACAUUGGAUACUUUGUAAAACCACUUCCGAUUAAUAUUGAAGCUUUCAUAGAAAAGGAAUCUCACCUUCCAGGGAUGUUUGAAUACGUGAGGAGUUGCACAUUUAACGAUCACAUUCUAAAGCUGAACAAGGAAAGCAACUCUUUAACAGAGGAUACAUUUCUUGUCAUAUGUGAAAGCUUAGCAUUGAAGAUGCUGAGCAAUGCCAAUCUUUCUCUUGUAUCUGUGGAUUUGCCAGUAGCUUCCAACCUCGAUGAUGCGUCCGGUUUGUGUUUGCGUUUUAGCAGUGAGAUCUUGAGCAAUUCCAUGCCAUGCUUAAUUACAGUUACCAUUGAAGGUAAAUGCUCCGACCCAUUGAUUACUUCUGUAAAGGUCAACUGCGAAGAGACUGUGUUUGGCUUAAAUUUCUUAAAUAGGAUUGUCAAUUUCUUAGCUGAGCCGCCUGUUACCCACUCAUAAGUUUGGAUAGAAAAUGCACAAAAAGUAAUUAAUUUGUGGACAUGUACAUGGAAAACUUGAAGAGCAUGGGUGAUUGUUUUGAAUUUAUGUUUGGUGAGGUAUUGAAUUUCUGAUGUUACAUUUUCACUAGUAUUGGGAAUUUUGUUUGGGUUAAUCCUUGAUUUUCAUAGACUUGUAUGUCUAUUCAAUUUUAGCUUUAUUUUGUGGAUCUCUUAUUUUUAUCAAGUGUUACUGUUGUUUCUCGCGGAAAGGAACUCAACUGACGCGCUGCACUAUAUCAAGUUGCACCAUUUAUAUUUUGCCUGUAAGUUUUCUUUUAUGAUGGAGUGUAAGCAAAAUCCAAAAGUGAUUGUUGUAUUGUAUGAUUAAUAACGUUGCACUUAAAAUUUAUGGAGAGAGUUGUAUAUUCUGCAAUGUGUUGCAGGAUUUUAAAUUGAAUAUGAAUGAUAUUACUGAGUUAUCUUCCUUAA